AUGACGUUAGAUGAUGGUACACACGAUGCGACCCAUGUCCCUCUUUUCCCACCUGAGGAUAUCUCAAUUGAAUCCAAAAGAGAAAAUGAAUUUGGGAGCCUGACCAGCAAGAGUUAUCUAUUUCAGGUAAAGUCAUGUCACAAUGAGCCCAUUCCAGAACCUAUCAUUGAUACCCCACCAUACUAUAUUUCGCUAAUCACCUACGUCAAUUAUCUGAUUUUGAUUAUAUUUGGGCAUGUCCAUGAUUUCUUGGGUAUUCAUUUCCAAAGAAGCAAGCAUUUGGACAUCGUCGAAAAGGAUGGUAUGGCACCAUGGUAUUCUAAAUUUGAAAGUUUUUACGUGAGAAGACUGAAGAAGAGAAUUGAUGACUGUUUUUCUAGACCCACCACCGGCGUUCCAGGUAGAUUCAUCCAAUGCAUUGACAGAGUCUCCCAUGGAUUUAACGAAUACUUUACGUACCCAGGCACGACAAACAUGUGUUUGAACUUAUCAUCCUACAAUUACUUGGGUUUUGCGCAGAGUGAGGGGCAAUGUACGGACGCGGCUAUUUCCGCCGUCGAAAAGUACGGGCUUCAUUCAGGUGGCUCGAGAUCACAAAUUGGUACGACUGAACUACACCAGGAGGCCGAACGUCUCAUUGCGAAGUUUGUCGGAAAGGAAGAUGCCAUGAUCUUCUCAAUGGGGUACGGUACCAAUGCCAACUUUUUCAACGCGUUUUUGGAUUCGAAAUGUUUAAUCGUUUCUGAUGAAUUGAACCAUACUUCCAUCAGAACAGGUGUUAGACUUUCUGGUGCGACUGUGAGAAGUUUCAAGCACGGUGACAUGGAAGGCUUAGAAAAGUUGAUUAGAGAACAGAUUGUUAUUGGCCAACCAAAGACCGGCCGUCCGUGGAAGAAAAUACUGAUUUGUGUCGAAGGUUUGUUUUCGAUGGAGGGUACAAUGUGUAAUUUACCUGAAUUGGUUGAACUGAAGAAAAGAUAUAAAUGCUACCUGUACGUUGACGAAGCGCAUUCUAUUGGUGCUGUUGGACCUAAGGGGCGCGGUGUAUGUGACUUAUUCGGUGUCAACCCCCAUGACAUUGAUAUUCUCAUGGGUACUCUAACCAAGUCGUUUGGUGCCGCUGGUGGUUACAUUGCCUGUGACAAAUGGAUUAUUGAUAAGUUAAGAUGCGACCUGACAACUCCUAACUACGCGGAGUCUCCUGCUGCCCCAGUUCUAGCUCAAAUCAUUUCUUCACUAAGAACUAUCAUUGGUGAACUGAAUCCUGGUGAAGGGCAAGAGAGAUUACAAAGAAUUGCUUUUAACUCUCGUUAUUUCCGUUUGGCUUUACAAAGACUUGGGUUCAUUGUGUACGGUAACGCCGAUUCCCCUGUUAUCCCAAUGCUACUGUACUGUCCAUCAAAGAUGCCUGCAUUUUCGCGAAUCAUGUUACAGAGAAAGAUUGCCGUUGUUGUCGUUGCUUAUCCUGCUACUCCAUUGAUUGAAUCUAGAGUCAGAUUCUGUAUGUCCGCCUCCCUUACGAAGGAAGAUAUCGACUAUUUGCUACGCCAUGUUGAUGAAGUUGGAGAGAUGCUAAACUUAAAGUUGAAUUCUGGUAAAUCCAGUUGGGACGGUAAAGUCCAGAGAUGGGAUAUCGAGGAAGUAAUCAGGAGAACACCAGAAGACUGCAAGGACGACAAGUAUUUUGUGUGUUAA